AUGACUACUAUUGAAAAUCAAACAGACGAUACAUUCUUCGAUUUAACGAAGAAAAAGAAAUCUAAAAAUCGGACUAGCCGUGGUACACGUACUGAACAACCAGCCACAGCAAAUUCUACAAAUAAUGUGGCUGAAGAUGAAACUAAGAAUGAUACAACAGGAGACAACAGCGAUUAUACUUACGAUUAUUUAAUUAAUCGAGCAUUUGAAGCUAUUUAUGAAUCAAAACCAUCCACAACCGAGCAAACUAAAUGUACGUUAAUGCUUCCGCCGAUACAAGUUGGACGCAUUGGUACAAGACGUACAGCAUUCGUAAACUUUGCUUUAAUAUGUAAAUUAGUUCAUCGACAAGAAAAACAAUUACAUGAAUAUUUUAUAGUUGAAUUGGGUACAACAGCAUCUAUCGAUAAAAAUCAUGCUCUAAUUAUAAAAGGACGUUUUCAACAAACUCAUAUAGAAAAUGUUCUUCGUUCGUUUAUUAAAGAGUAUGUGUUUUGCAAGUCCUGUCGUUCUCCAGAUACGUUAUUAGGAAAAUCAGAUCGUUUAACUGUGAUUAAAUAUUUAACAACAUAUCUUACAAUAAUAACUAAAUCAAAAGUUACUAUGAAAGAUUUUAGAGAGUUAAGAUUAUUCGUUGGUAAUGGUACAAGUACAACUAGAAAACCAGAACGAAAUGCUGUAUCUCUUUUAAUUAAUCCAAGUUAA